AUGGAGAAUGUCUCAGGGACCUUCCAGGCUGGGGACUAUGUGGUGUUUGCCCUGUUGUUUGUGGUCUCCUCGAGUAUCGGGGUCUUCUUCGCCAUCAAAGAGUGGAAGAAGGACUCAUCUAAGGACUUUCUGGUAGGAGGCCGUCAGAUGUCUUGCGGUCCAGUUGCUCUUUCUCUGACGGCCAGUUUUAUGUCUGCAGUGACAGUUAUUGGGGCUCCAUCUGACGUGUACAGAUACGGGGCCUCGUACAUCAUCUUUGGGAUCGCGUACACAUUUGUGGUGUUCCUGACGGCUGAGGUUUUUCUGCCUGUGUUUUACAGAUCUGGCAUCACAAGCACAUAUGAGUAUCUGGAGUUGCGUUUCUGUAAGGCGGCCCGUGUGGCUGCCACUCUCAUUUAUAUAGUACAAACGAUUCUGUACACUGGUGUGGUGGUCUAUGCCCCUGCUUUAGCUCUGAAUCAAGUGACAGGUUUUGAUCUUUGGGGUUCAAUAUACGCCACUGGCAUUGUCUGCACUUUUUACUGCACAUUGGGGGGGUUGAAGGCUGUGGUCUGGACGGAUGCCUUCCAGAUGGUGGUGAUGGUGGUGGGCUUCCUCACGGUGCUGAUCCAGGGUUCGAUUAGAGCGGGGGGGAUCGAGUCUGUUUGGAGCACGUCUCACGCUGGAGGCAGACUACAAGUGUUCGACUUUGAUAUCGAUCCACUAAGGCGUCACACUUUUUGGACACUUUCUGUAGGAGGGACCUUUACCUGGCUGGGCAUCUAUGGGGUUAACCAAUCUACCAUUCAAAGAUGCAUUUCCUGCAAGACAGAGAGCCACGCACGCUGGGCACUCUACCUGAAUCUUCUGGGUCUGUGGAUUAUUCUGUUCUGUGCUGUGGUGUCUGGACUCAUCAUGUAUGCCUUCUACUACAGCUGUGACCCAUGGAGUGCGGGUUAUGUCUCUGCACCAGACCAGGUUAUGCCGUAUUUUGUGAUGGAGAUUCUUGGGGGAUUUCCAGGGCUGCCAGGGUUAUUUGUUGCAUGUGCAUUCAGUGGAACUCUAAGCACAGUCGCUGCCAGUAUCAACGCUUUGGCGACUGUGAUGUACGAGGAUUUUGUGAGCCAGUGUUUUACAGGGUUAUCCAACCGAGCAGCCAACUGGAUCAGCAAAGCGCUCUGUGUGGUGUUUGGUGUGGCCUGCACUACUAUGGCUGUGGCUGCAUCAUAUAUGGGUGGAAUUGUGCAGGCGGCCCUCAGUAUCCACGGCAUAUGCGGGGGCCCAAUGCUGGGUUUGUUUUCUUUAGGAAUCCUGUUUCCUGUCACCAACUUAAAGGGGGCUAUUGGGGGUCUGAUCACUGGCAUUUCUCUCUCAUUCUGGGUCGGUGUGGGAUCCUUUAUUUAUCCAGCGUCCAGUAACAACACACAUCCCCUUGAACUUAACACUGCAGGCUGUAACUUUAGCACCACAGAGGAUGGAUCCAACCAAACAUUACUCACUAUUAGCACUCCCACCCCUGACAGGCCCUGGCUGGCUGACUCAUGGUACUCCAUGUCCUAUCUGUACUUCAGUGCUGUGGGUUUUAUUGGCACCGUGGCAGCAGGGCUACUUAUCACACUUCUGACGGGGCCAUCUGACCCCAAGAAGUUGAAGCCAGGGCUCACCCGAUCAGUGAGGGAUGUCGUCUGCUUCUGUUCUAAAGGCUUCAUACAUGCAGAUCUCAGUCAGGACAAGGAGGACUUGGCAGACUUUGGCAAGGCAUGGGAGACACAUCCAAGUGUCCAGGACGAUGACCAGGAAGGGGCGAUAAAAAUGGACGGUAGUAGAGAUACCCCGGAGAUCAAUGGUUACACAAAUGCAGCCUUUGAUCACAAGGAAACGAGUCAAGAUCAAGCAAAACUGUAAUUAACCAGAGAAAACAGUCAAGAUUACAUAAACUAUUUAAUGUAAAAUACAGUCAAUUAUUUGUAUACAGAAAAUAAUUAUCCAAUCUCCUUUACAAUUUUACAUGACUGUUUUAUUAUGCAUAAUGCUCUUUACAUGUAAACAAUGAUUUAGGUAUCUUAUCGAUAAAUCAAUACAUUUGCUUUGUUCUAAGUCAUGUGUCAUAUAGGGUCGCAUUGAACAAUAUUUAGAUGAGUGUGAUUUUCACAAGUAUGAAGGUAUACCUGGAUCAUCAACUUUUUUGUUUCUGGAACUACAAUCCAAACCUGUGGCCAUAUCAUAUUCCUUCUUUUUCAUACAUCCAAUUACCAACCUUUCAUACAAACUGGAUUUUUAACCCAAGUAAUCUACACCAACCACAAAAUCUUCAACCUCCAACCCAGCCCCAUACACUGCCAGUGAGAGUCCUAAUCCAUUAAUAUUUGCCCACCGUUCUAGGGAAAUAACAAUAAAAUCAACAAAUUAUAUAUAUAAAUUGAUAAAAUGACCCAACUUUAAGACUGACACAAAAAUCUGGUUAAAUUUAGAUGAAGUAUUGUUUCACAAGAAUGUUAAAGCAUUAGAUCACCAGAAAAAUGAAAAUUUGCUGUUAAUUUACUACGGUAUUUACACCAUCAGGCCAAAGAUGUAGGUGUGUAGGUGACAUCUCUCAUUCAAUUAUACAGUAAAUAUAUAUAUUUUUUGCUGAAAUUGUGGUCCUUUGUGAAUCAUAAAAUAAAAAUCCUUAGGUGUCUUGACUGUCACUGAGAUUACAUAAUGCAUACAUGCAUAUACUUAACAAAAAUAUAGUUGAAAAAUAGUUAAUGGUAAUUGAUUUGAUCCAGUUAAAUACAACUAAUGGCUGAUGUCUUCAAGUCUUAAAAUUAAUUAGUUUGUGUGAAACGUUCAGAUAUAAUAAGCAUUGACCGCAAUGGUACAACAAUACAUGCUGAUGGCCAUUACUUCUAAACAUGAUCUUUAUUGUUUCAUAUGCUUUUGACAGGCAUUUUCAAUAAAGACAUUUCAUACACAACCAAGUGUAUCUGAUAAAACCUGAAGAACAUUUGUUUGUUCAGAUGCCUGAUAAAAUUAAAACACUUCAAAGCUGUUAACAACUGAGCCACUACAACAUGUACUGAUCUCAGGUCAGUCUUCUCUGGUAUAAGCAGAUAUAGGCCAUGCACACUUCACAGUAAAAAGUGCACAAAUACACAAAUGUUUGUAUAGAGCCCUGGAUGGGCGGGGCGCAUGAAUGACGUCAUGCAUAGAUUACAGAACAUCAGGAGAACGGUGUGUCAUAGUACAAUAUUUCAGUUCAGCAACACAU